GUUACAGGUACCAGCCGGGCCGAGCUCCCCUGCUUCCAUCGCUCCAGCCCCAGAUCGGGUUGUCUGAGGCCCAGAAUCAAUCCUUGUGGAAUAUGUUUCUGGCUAUCUGAAUCUCAACCAUGUUGUCAAACUGCUUACAGAAUCUCCUAAAUAUUACAAGCACGCAUCUAUUUUCAAGAUCAUGCCAAGGAAUAAUAAGACAUAAAAGGUUUCUUGGAACGGUGCAAACAUCCAAAAUCCGGAGGCGAGUUGUCAUUACAGGCAUUGGCUUAGUGACUCCCCUUGGUGUGGGAACUCAGUUAGUGUGGGAUGCUCUUCUCCGUGGAGAAAGUGGAAUUGGUUCACUGCUUGGUGAAGAGUAUAAGAGUAUCCCUUGUAGUGUUGCUGCUUGUGUGCCAAGAGGUCUUGAUGAAGGUCAGUUCAAUGAACAAAAUUUUGUGUCCAAAUCAGAUAUCAAGUCCAUGUCUUCUCCCACCAUCAUGGCCAUUGGGGCAGCAGAGUUAGCCCUGAAAGACUCCGGCUGGCAUCCUCAAUCAGAAGUGGAUCAAGUGGCUACUGGUGUUGCAAUUGGCAUGGGCAUGGUUCCUCUUGAAAUUGUUUCCGAAAUUGCUUUUAUGUUUGAGACAAAAGGUUAUAAUAAAGUCAGUCCAUUCUUUGUCCCUAAGAUUCUGAUCAAUAUGGCAGCAGGUCAGGUCAGCAUUCGAUAUAAACUCAAGGGCCCCAAUCAUGCAGUAUCCACAGCCUGUACUACAGGCGCUCAUGCUGUGGGAGAUUCUUACAGAUUUAUAGCCUAUGGGGAUGCUGAUGUGAUGGUGGCAGGAGGUACAGAUUCUUGCAUUAGUCCUCUGUCUCUUGCGGGGUUUUCCAGGGCCCGGGCUCUGAGCACAAACUCAGACCCUAAGUUGGCUUGUCGACCAUUUCAUCCGAAGAGAGAUGGUUUUGUAAUGGGAGAAGGUGCUGCUGUGUUGGUGCUGGAAGAACAUGAACAUGCUGUUCAAAGGAAGGCUCGGAUCUAUGCAGAAGUUCUGGGCUAUGGACUUUCAGGUGAUGCUGGUCAUAUAACUGCCCCUGAUCCUGAAGGAGACGGUGCCUUAAGAUGCAUGUCUGCUGCUAUAAAAGAUGCAGGUGUACAACCUGAAGAGAUUUCCUAUAUCAACGCACAUGCUACUUCCACCCCAUUGGGAGAUGCUGCUGAAAACCAAGCGAUUAAGCGUCUCUUUAAAGACCAUGCAUAUGCCCUUGCUGUUUCCUCAACGAAGGCAGCCACGGGACACCUGCUGGGAGCUGCAGGGGCAGUGGAGGCAGCUUUUACCACACUGGCUUGUUACCACCGAAGACUGCCACCUACUUUAAACCUGGACUGUACAGAACCAGAAUUUGAUCUCAAUUAUGUUCCACUAAAGGCUCAGGAAUGGAAAACACAGAAAAGAUGUAUUGGGCUAACCAAUUCCUUUGGUUUUGGUGGUACCAAUGCCACACUUUGUAUUGCUGGCAUAUAAAACAAGUCAUUUUUAAUUAAACAUUGGCUUUUGAAAUUCU